CAAGAAUCUCAAUACUCAGAUAAACAAAUUAAAACCUAAACACCAAGGAUUUCUUGUUUCAUAAGUAAAGCAAAAAAAAUGGCAAAAGUUGCAUGCAAGCAUCUUCUUCUUGUAGUCUUAUUCAUCCUUUGCUUUAUGUCAAUUGGUGCAAGAGCAAGGAUUUUAAGAGUAGCUAAUAACGGCAAUGAAGUAGGGAAUUUACAUCAAGAUCUCUCUUCAUCCAGUGUAGAAAAUAAGAUAACUGUGCCGGAACCGGAGCCGGCAGCCGAUGCGGAAGAAUUAGUAGGGAUGGACUACACAGCUCCAAGAAAGAAACCUCCAAUUCAUAACUAAAAUGGAAAAUUUUGUUGAGUUUAGUCUCUUUUUUUUCAAUUUCAUAUAUGAAGAUUUUGAGCUUUUUUAUAGCCAUAGUUAGGAGGAGAAACAAAAUUAAAUUUAUUUUUACAAUACAUGAUUUUAUAGUAUUAAACAUGAUAAUUUAGUUAAUGUAAAUUUUAAAGAAGAUGAAUAUAUUGCCAUUAGGCUCUUGCUAA